AUGGCAGGCAAGAAAAAAGAAAUCCAGCUCCAGACCGUAAUAGCCACUCAAGACCAGUGGGAUGAAAUGCUGCAGAUAAAGGGUAUAGUAGUAAUAGAUGUGUAUCGAGCUUGGUGUGGUCCUUGCAAAGCUGUGAUGAAUUUAUUCAGAAAACUAAGGAUUGACUUUAGUGAUGACAAUAUGCUGCAUUUUGCUGUGGCAGAAGCUGACAGCGUUGAAACUCUGAAACCAUUUAGGAGGAGCUGUGAACCUGUGUUUCUUUUUUGUGUUCAUGGUAAAAUUCUUGCCAUGGUGAAAGGUGUAAAUGCUCCUCUCAUCACUAAGACAGUAACAGAGCUAGUGCAAGAAGAGAGGGAAAUUGCAGCUGGAGAAAAGGAACGUGCUGAGGUAGAAGAACUUGUUUUUCCAGAAGAAGGUUCAUCAGAAGGCUCUGCUGAGGAGGCUGUAGAGGAGGAAGUACUCACUUAUUCUGUUGGAAUUAUAAAACCUGAUGAUGUCUUAGCGGGACGCGUAGAAGAAAUUAAGAAAAAGAUUAGAGAUGCAGGAUUUGACAUUAAAGCAGCAGAGGAGAGAAUGCUUACAGAAGAGCAAAUCAGAGUAUUUUAUGCCCGGAAUAAAGAUGAGCCUGACUUUGACGCAUUUGUUAAAUUCAUGAUGAGUGGACCAUGCCAUGUUUUGAUAAUCAGUAAACUAGAAGCAACUGAUGCAAUUCCUCAAUGGAAAGAGCUACACAAAACAAGUGAGUCUGGUGAGCCUGAGGAGCCAGCCAAGGUGCCAGCAGUUACAGAAACUGAGAGUCUGGUAAAUUUAUGUGAUGUGCAAGACAGUGUUGAAGAUGCCAGCAGACAACUUGCCUUCUUUUUCCCAAAUUUUCAUAUAAAUGCAGAACAUGCUGAAAGGACUUUGGCCAUAAUUAGACCUACUCUCCUGAAGGAAAGGCGAGAUUCCAUCAUGCAAAGGAUAAAGGAUGAUGGUUUCCAAAUAGCAAUGCAGAAGGAAAUAAUUCUGUCUGAGGAACAAGUACGUACAUUUUACAGUGAGCAUGUAAAUCAAGACUACUUCCCAGCCCUUCUAGAGCAAAUGACCAGUGGUCCAACUCUUGUAUUGGCUCUAACACGAGAAAAUGCUGUAUCACACUGGAGGAAUUUACUAGGUCCAAAGACUCUUGAAAAGGCUAAGGAAAAUCCAGAGAGUUUGCGUGCACAGUAUGCAUUUGAAAACAUACCUAUCAAUCAGCUGCACGGCAGCUCUACACUCAGUGACGCUCAGAAGGAACUAGAGUUCUUCUUCCCUGAGGAGCAAACCCUUGCAUUAAUCAAACCUGAAGCUGCUAAGACUCAUAAAGAUGAAAUUAUGAAUAAAGUGAAAGAGGCUGGAUUUAACAUCUCAAAGAUAAAAGAACAAGCUUUAACUCGUGAAAUGGCUGCACAGAUUUACAAGGAUCACCAAGGAAAACCCUUUUUUGAGGAGUUGGUGAAUUGUAUGACAGAGGGUCCAUCAGUGAUAAUGGUCUUAUCAAAGGAAAAUGCUGUAGAAGAGUGGAGGAACCUAAUGGGCCCAGCUGAUCCAGAAGAGGCAAAGAAGACCUGUCCUGAAUCAAUUCGGGCUCAGUUUGCACACGAUAUUUUGUCUAAUGCUGUUCAUGGAUCAUCUAAUGUAGAACAUGCAGAGAGAAGCAUUCAGUUUGCAUUUGGAGAGCUGGAUGCAGACUAA